AAGAACACUCUCUCUUCCCUUUUCUCAAUUCAACAAACUGCAUCACUUCUUCUUCGCUUUUCCCUUUCCCACUUUCCAAUCUUUUCUUUUUGCCUUCGUUUUUUUUCUUCUGUUUUUCGGAACCUCGCUGUUCAUUCUCGUAUUUCGAUUCGGAUAGAUAGAUCUGGACACUAUUGCAUGUAAAUCAGGAAAUCAUGACUUCUUCCACUCAUGAACUCACAGAUAAUGAAGCUGAUGCACAGCAGCAGUCAGAACCACAAAUUCAGCCUUUAUCUGCAAAUGGAAUUUCUCAUGCAGGUAUUGGUACUCAGGUUGUUCCGUAUGCAACACCUCCACAGCUUGGAACUGGACAUGCUGUGGCACCGCCCACUUACCCAUAUCCAGAUCCGUACUACAGGAGUAUCUUUACUCCCUAUGAUGCACAAACUUAUCCCCCACAACCCUAUGGUGGAAAUCCAAUGGUACAUUCUAAAUUUUUGGAUGUUUGCAAUAUUGUGGCUUCUUGUUAUGAUUCUCAUAUUAUCGAAUUAUAUAUCCUGGGUCAGGUCCAUCUUCAGUUAAUGGGAAUUCAACAAGCAGGUGUUCCUUUGCCAACUGAUACAGUUGAGGAGCCUGUGUUUGUCAAUGCAAAACAGUAUCACGGUAUAUUAAGACGUAGACAGUCCCGUGCUAAAGCUGAAUCAGAAAAAAAAGCUGCAAGGAACCGGAAGCCAUACUUGCAUGAAUCUCGACAUUUGCAUGCACUAAGGAGAGCAAGAGGAUGUGGAGGUCGGUUUUUGAAUUCAAAGAAAAAUGAGAAUGAGCAGGAUGAGGCUGCAUCAGCUGAGGAAUCACAAUCCAAUAUCAAUCUCAAUUCUGAUAAAAACGAGCUUGCGCCAUCAGAUAGAACAUCCUAAAACUACAUAAAUGGUGUAGACUGCAGGGAUCUGUUGUGUAUAUCUAUGUAAGGAGACCGAUCUCCAGCCAACAGCAUCCCCGGGUAUCUCCUUAUCAUUCAUUCUGGCACUGUACAACACCAUAGGUAUAAGAGUAUAGGUUGUGGUAGGUAUGAUAGGAGGGUGCAGUAUAAAACAAGUAAAAAUGUAAAUUGAAGUGAUUUAACUAAAUCUAUCCCCAGCGUGGUUCUUUGUAGGUGAGAUUUUUAUUGUGUGGGUUUUUCUAUGUAUUAAUUGGUGCCUCGGAGGAAAAGUAGAUUAUUCGAAGCCAUGUCUAUUUGGUUAGAUUAUGUUUAUUUAGCUUGUGAGACAUUAGCUGCUGUACCUCUUGAUUUGUUGUUAUAAAGGAGGAUUGGAGAUGGAAAUAAAAGGCUUCACAUUUGUAGUAA